AACCUGGUUAUUUCAGCACAGAGACGGCAGAGUCCUCAAACACACACACUCUCUCACGCACACACACACUGGCAGAAAAGGGGAAGGCUCAAGAAACAGAGACCAAAUGAGCAGUCACACAGUGCCGACUGGCUGCCUAGUUUGACAGGACUAGCACUCUCUCUCUCUCUCUCUCUCUCUCUCUCUCUCCCUCUCAGUUCCUCUGCCUUCCUUCAUUUCUUUUCUUAUAUUGGCUUUCUCUCUCUCUCUGUCUCUCACUCUCUGUCUUUCUCCUUUGGACUGAGAGCUAGAGAGUGCAGGAAGACCCAGCGAAGGCAGACAGCAGCAGCAGCAGCAGCAGCAGCAGAAGCGUCCCUCCUCUCUCAAGCCUCAGAAGGAGCCAAUGGUCAUGGUGAAGGAGAAAGUGGCCCAUCCUCAGGAAGCCCACCGGCCCCCGGAGAAACUGGUCAUCCAGUGUUACAAGUGCAGGGAGCCAUGUAAAGGGGAGGUGCUGCGCGUGCAGAGCAAGCAUUUCCACAUCAAGUGCUUCACCUGCAAAGUGUGUGGUUGUGACCUGGCACAAGGUGGUUUCUUCAUGAAGAAUGGCGAGUAUCUGUGCACACUGGACUACCAAAGGCUGCAUGGAACACGCUGCCAUGGCUGUGGGAACUUUGUUGAAGGAGAGGUGGUGACGGCCCUCGGGAAGACCUACCACCCCACCUGCUUCGUCUGCACCAUCUGCAAACGGCCAUUUCCUGCUGGAGACCGCGUCACAUUCAAUGGAAAGGACUGUCUCUGCCAGCACUGCAUCCAGCCAAUGUCUCCUCCUCCCAAAGACAUCAGUGCUUCCAGCAACUGUGCAGGCUGUGGCAGGGAUAUUAAAAAUGGACAGGCUCUGCUAGCUUUGGACAGACAGUGGCAUCUCGGCUGCUUCAAGUGCAAGGCCUGUGGCAAAGUUCUGAGUGGCGAAUAUAUCAGCAAGGAUGGUGCACCGUACUGUGAGAGAGACUACCAGAUCCACUUUGGUGUGCAGUGUGAAGCCUGUCAUCAGUAUAUAACGGGGAGGGUUCUGGAGGCAGGCGAUAAAUACUACCACCCCAGCUGUGCACGAUGCAGCCGGUGCAACCAGAUGUUCACGGAGGGGGAGGAGAUGUACCUGCAAGGCUCUACAGUGUGGCAUCCAGACUGUAAGAGCAACAUCAAAGUAGAAGAGAAGUACAGGCUUCUUCCUCCCUCUGUAACCUCACUGCACCAAUCAGAAAGGCAGCCCACAAGGUCUUCGUCGGAGAGUAUCUGUUCUCGGCCGGGUUCCAGCAUCCCCGGCUCUCCUGGUCACACCAUCUAUGCAAAAGUAGACAAUGAGAUCAUUGAUUACAAGGACCUAGCAGCCAUCCCCCGAGUCAAGGCCAUUUAUGACAUAGAACGUCCAGACAUGAUAUCCUACGAGUCUCUGCACUCCACCUCCUCUACCCUGGAGAGACAGGGCAGACACAGCCCUGGAGAGUGCCAGAGUACUACAGGUGACCAAUCCCCCAACAGAGGCCAUAUUAAAACCAUGCCGCAAGAUGCCUCCCCCAUGUCAGCUGAGACUUCACCAAGAACCCUGUCUCCCACCCCGUCUGCUGAGGGCUGUUAUGACAUUCGAGAACGCAUCAUGCAACGAUCCACCAGCCAGGGCUCCAUCAGCUCCCCGAUGUACAGCCGACACAACUACAUACCUACACUGUCUAAGACACCACAGCACUUCCACAGACCAGGCACUGAGCCAUCAAGUGGCCGGAGUUCUCCCUUGUCCUCUCGCUCGGCCACCCCGACCCUCUUUCUGACCCCUAAACAUUUCCACGUCCCAGACCAAGGCAUGAACAUGUACAGAAAGCCACCAAUCUACAAACAACAUGAUUCAGCUGCACUCGCAGCCCAAAGCAAGUUUGCUGGUGACAUCAUCAAAUCUUCCAAGUUCCCUGCUGCUCAAGCACCCCGACCGGAUGAAACAGCAAAGAUUGAGACUGACUACUGGCCCUGCCCUCCCUCCCUUGCAACCCUAGGUUCAGAUAUGAGGAGUCGCUCGCGAGAUGAAGAGGAGGAGGAACAAUUCAAACGAAGACAGCUCCAAGAAGAUCAUCUUAGCAAGAUCCAGUCUGGUCUUGGGAAGCUCAUUUUGAAGGAGGAGAUGGAGAAGGAAAUGAACAAAGAGAGAUAUGCUCGCAGUGUGGCAGCCCAGCGGUACGAGCCUCAGCACUCCAACUAUGCUGCAGAUCCCAACUCUCCCACGUCUAAAACCUCUUCACUGCCAGGAUAUGGACGCAACGGCCUUCUUCGGUCGACAGAAUUCUCUCAGUAUAACAGUUACGGGGAUGUGUGUGGAGGUCAGAGAGAUUUCAAGCUCGUCCAAGAUGGCCAGGUUCCCCUAACCAGAAUGGACAGGGGAAUGUCAAUGCCUAACAUGCUGGAACAUAAAGUGUAUCCCUAUGAAAUGCUCACUGUCACCAACAGAGGGCGUACUAAGCUCCCAAAGGACGUGGACAGGACGAGACUGGAGCGUCACCUGGCCCCUGAAGUAUUCUUUGGUGUCUUUGGAAUGGAGAUCCAAGAGUUUGACAAACUUCCUCUGUGGAAGCGCAAUGAUAUGAAGAAGAAGGCCAAGCUGUUCUAGCCAGGACAUGUGCAUGUUUUAAUUUAUCAGUCACUCCAAUAAUGUAUUAUAGCUGUAGUUUUCUGAUUUGCUUUUCCUUUAUUCACUUUUAUUUUUCCUUUUUUUGUUUGCUUCCAACAGUCUGAUACACGUGGACAUAAAUUAUAUACUUUUUUGAUUCAAAACAAAGACCACACCUUUUUUUUCCCAAGGCAGAGUUUUCAUUUGAGUAGGUUUAAAAUUAACUGCGAUCUAACCAUUCAGAAGUGAGCAGAGGAGUGAAGACUGGUUAUUAUCUCUCACAUUUAACUCACAUGAAACCUGACUUCUGAGCAAAGCUUUAUUCCCUUGCACUCCUUCCUGCCCUCUCAUAAAACAGGACUGUAAUCUUUUUGAGGGGAAAGUGGUAGGGGGCUGAAGGCUGUCUGCAGGGUUCUUCCUCUAAAUAGGCUAUUAAGGUGAUGGAAGUGGAGGUGCUCCAGUAGCCCCCUGCUGCUGUGGCCCUAACAAGGGCCUUGAUGUGUGUUAAUGGGGGGAAGUUAAAACUACUGUAUGUGACUGAAGAUGAGAGGCCUGGGCUCUACCUGUGGUGGGGAAGGCCUUAACAGACCAUCUGGGCUUCUGGAACAUAUUAGAUCCUGAGGUGACAGAAAGACGCAUCUGCUAUAACGCACCCCCCUGCCAUCUCCUCUCAGUCAUCAGCUAAUACUGAAAUGGCUUAACAUGAUUUCUCUAGAAUCCAAAUCCUACUGAGUUGAGGAUCCCUUUUAAGCCCCAUUACCUAUUUUUAAUUUAAAACAAACAGAAAUAUUUGACAGAUGAGGUGCUGGUGAAAUGUUAGGAAACGAAAGCCGACCUCCUUCUAACUCUUAAAAAGAGUUGUGUGUUUUUUCACCGCUAGAAGUCAGGCUUGUGUUAUUAGGGACAGUUGAGGACCCCCCCCCCCCCCCCCCCCCCUUAUUUUUCAGGCCCCUCCGUCAUUGGAAUCUGACAAUCCUCUUCUCUUGACCACUAUCUAAGCUGCAAUAUGUUUUAGCAACAUAUCACUUUGAAUAAAGUUGCAUUUGAAAAGUAACACCUUUGAUAUUACUGCAUUUUAUAGAGCUGAAGUAUUUCAAACUGCCACUGUGUUGCUGGGAGACUGAUGGAGCCGUAGCCAUAGCAUCUGUGUCACAAGUAGGUUGGAUAGCAGGGCCAUAUCUGUCAUUCCGUAUAAAGCUGCCAGACAGUGUUGUUCCCAUAUCACUGGAUGUGCUUGCAGUAGUGUUGUUGGCUGUUGGUGACCAUUAAUUCCCAGCAGUUUCCUGUGUUAUCCGUACGGUUAAGGACAGAGGACUAGGAAAUAGAAAAAAUACUGGGUUUAUAAGACACAACAAAAAUGUGAUGAGAGUAUGGUGAUGAAAUUCCGGUUUUGAUACCCAUCAUGACAAUGAUGUAAAAACUCAAAUGAGUAAUAAAUUUCUGCUUCAGAUA